CCCCCUGAAAUCCUUUUGGAGCAGCUUUGCUGCGGUUAGCCAAAAAAACCCACCACUCUUCUCCCGUUUCUGCACAAUGUUGACACAACCAUGCCAAUGUGCUACUGAUUUGGCACUUCAACAACAUGGCAAAGAAAUCCGCAUUAUUGACGCCCAAAAGCAAAUUUCAGACAAAUCCAACAGCUCUACCUACAUAGUCUACACCAUUCGUUUCCAGGACAAGGUGGCGAAAAGACGUUAUAGUGAUUUCGAUUCGUUUCGGAAUUGCUUGGCAAGACUAUACCCUGACGUCCUAGUUCCGCCCAUACCUGAGAAGCACUCGCUGACUGACUAUGCCCACGUACAUACGACGAAUCGAAACAAAGAUAACCAAGCCAUGGUUGACAAGCGUAGACGUAUGCUACAACGGUUUCUUGUGCGCUUGGCGUCCCAUCCUCGACUCUGCCAUGAACACGUGGUUCAUCGGUUCCUAGAUGGCGGAGUGCCUUGGUCAGAAAUACUUACCUCACCACCGUUAUCGACACUGGACAAUGAUGACAGCAAUACUUUUUUGUUCCCGUCAUCAUCGACCUCGCAUGAUUUAAAAAAUCCGGAUCCAAAGUUCACAGAGUCGGAGAGGGUAGCUAAAGAGCAUGCCGAAUUUGCUAGUUCGCCACUGGAUCGGUCACAACGGCGACUCUUGAGACGUCUUGGAGACUUGUCGAAUGAUUACGCAGAGCUUGGUGCAGCAUACAAUAUGCUGGGUCUCAAUGAGAGCGAGCAAGUGGCCCCGAAGAUUGAAAAGAUAGGACUGGCAGCUGAUACAACAUGUAGCAAGACACAACACCUGGUACAUGAGCUCGAGGUUGAUUUCGCCGAGCAUAUGCAGGAAUAUGCACAGUACACACGCAUUGCGAAACAGGUGCUCCGCCAGCGUCAUCUAAAGCAUGCCCAACUAGAACUGAUCGGCACAUCGUUACAGGCAAAACGUACCUCACUGCGUAAUCUACUGGAAACAGAAGACAAGGCGUUGCGGCUAGAAGCUGACAUGAGCCAUCCUGAACCACCGUUACCUCAGGCAACAGUAACACAAGAACAACAACAGCAGCAGCAACAACAUCGACAGUCAUCAGCGAACAAUGAAGAGGAGGAAGACGACUUUGAUACACGAUCAAUCGAGGAUGGAUUUGCUGCUAUUGAUACCACGCAUAUACCCAAAGACUCUACGAGCGACGAAGGGUCAACCGAAUCAAUGGCCUAUCCAAGCAACGCAAGCGCUUCGGCCAUUCGAGCCUCCCGCGAUCGAUACCGAAAAUGGUCAUCACCUCGGAAACUGCUGAAUGCAAUGAGCUAUACGAUCCAAGGUAUGAUGGAUGUGGAUCCUGAAGCAACGCGGCGGAACCAAAUUGCAAAACUGAGAGAAAACGUCAAACAGUUGGAAAGUGCACAGACUCAAGUACGAGAGGAGCUUAAGAAUAUGUCAGAGAACAUACAACGAGAGCUUGACAUGUUUCAGAAGCAGCGAACAAACGAAUUACGAGCCAUGAUGGUUGCUUAUGCAAGAAUACACAUGAAAUACUGCGAGGAGAGCGUUUUGGCAUGGACCAAGGUACGCGAUUGCUUCUAAAAGAUGUUCCACUGCAAAAUAUAUAAAGGCAUAAGCGCCUGGUGUUGUCAAUAAAAAAUAAAGCGAAUGAAUGUCGAUAGCCAGCUUAUGUAUGAAUAUACUACCUGAUAAAUAUGCUUAAGAACGCCAUCAAUUUGCCGACCAACUUCAACAGCAACCACUGCCCCCACCCCCCUCGCAUGAAUGAUAUAUAAAUUGCGUCAUGGAGAUAUGCUCGGUGACACAUUGUCUCGACACGCUUACUUAACAGUGAUCAAUAAACUGGUUUCUUU